CCUCAGGUCAUUAGCCAGAAUACAUAAUUGGAGUUGUUCAGUGUGGUUCCUGUUCUUUACGCAGUUCACAUAGGGACAUCAGAGCAAAGGGGACUUUUGUAAGAGCAGAGAAAAACAGAGACGAAAGAAAAUGGAGAUGCGACUGGCACUGUUUUUUGCAUUGAUCAUCGUGGUAACUGGGAAACCAAUGGAUGGUAUGAAGAAAGAGGACCAUGUUGUUUUUGUAACACCGAUUCCAGAGGUUAAAAAAGACAUAUUCCCCACAAUGAUUGGUAGAUGCACGUAUAAGAAGUUUACUUUUGAUGCACUGAAAUGCUCACGUAAAUUUUACCUGUCCUUCAGAUCCAACAGAGUAACUCCUUGCAGCAAACGAUUUAAUGUCCUUGAGCAAUGUUACAUGGAAAAGAUAGUUUCCUGUCUCAAGAAUACGGUGAAUGAUAAAGUCAUGGCAAGCAUCUUAUCGAAAUACAAAGUUGCAAUGAAAGUGCACAAGCAGCUUAACUGUGGUGACACGAAGUAUGACAUCAGAGCUUUGUGGACAAGCAAUCCUGACUCAAAACUAUGCCCAAAAGGGACAAUAGAUGCAAUUAACCAGUGUAAUCAUUUAUGGUUUAGAAUGUUCAAGAAAAACCGAGGAGACCCAAGACUAUGCAAGGAAUACGAGUUAAGCAAAAGCUGCACGACAAAGACACUGGACAAAUGCAGCUUUGAUAUGAGCAAAAGCAGCUGGAUUUUUGAGGAGAAGGCAUUAAAUCCAUUCUGUGAUGCAGAACAGUUGGCAGCUCUGUAAAUAGAUGACAUUGCCAAAACAAAAUCAUUGAUAGUUUCAUUCUAGUCAAUAGAAGUUUAUAUUAGCAUAUUUGCGCACGAAAGAAGAUUUGAAAGCAAA